UUUUAGUCUUAAAUAAUGAGUGCCACGAGCUGGUUGGUGUUCUGCGCUCUGCUGCUGGUCCAUCAGGGUGAUUCACUUUUUUUGGAGCAGAAUUGUGGAAAGUUCAAGAUUCUCACUAGUGCUACACCGUGGAUGGUUGAAAUCCGAUCACUACGAACUUCUAAAUUCCUCUGUGCCGGCACUCUUGUCAACGAACGAUAUGUCUUGACAGCGGCGAGUUGCCUUACGCUCGGAACCCCACUCAUUGUUCACUUGGGAGUGAUCGAUGGAUCGAAUAGAACAAGGGACAAAAACACCUCCGAAAAACAUGUUGUAGAGAUGGCUUGGAUACACAGAUUAUACUCCCCAGAAAGUCAUCAGAAUGACAUAGCUUUGUUGAAAUUGAAAACCAAUGUCGUAUAUAAGGAGCACAUACAGCCGAUAUGCAUUGAGGUAAAUGCCAAAGAAGAAAAACCCAAUCCUACUAUUGAGAGGAGCAAGGAGAAAACUGAAUUGCCUAAACAAGAAAAAUGUGGCUUUGGAAGAAAAUUUCUUAGUUGGAUAUGGCUAGCUGAUCCUUGUCCAAGUAAUAAAGUCGAGGUAAUUGUAACAAGCGAGCCCACUGAAGGCGGCAGCCCUUUGACCAAUAUGACAGAACCAGGAGUUUAUUCUCAAUAUGGUAUCCUGAGUUAUCAUAAUUCUGAAACCAAAAAGACCGUUUAUACCAAUGUAAUGGCGUACAUUGACUGGAUAAUAAAAGUAGCGCUGGACGUGGAGAUCGUUGAAUCUGCGAAUGUGUUAUGACUUCCAAAUGCAAAUAUUUCACAUCAA